GCGAUGAGCUGACCGUUGACAAAAGUAAAGAUUCGUUGUUAUCCAACGAGUUAACCCCACGGCAGCUUGCUGCACUCCAGAUCUGAGUGGUCCCCGGUUUCGCUCUGGGCUAAAGUUUACUUGCAGCGUGGCUGUCAGAGAUGGACGGAGGACAGGAGGUGCGAGUGGAGGCUGCUCCAUACAGCUGCUCUACCUGUGAUGGAGGAGAGGUCGCAGGCCGCAGCCUGGUUCGACGCAACAAAAAGAUCCGCAGUUUGAGCACUUCCUCUGCCAACAGCUGCUCAGAGUUCAGGAGAACUCAGUCACUUCAUGGUCCAAGCCCGGUCACCACAUUUGGCCCAAAGGCGUGCAUGCUUCAGAACCCACAUGCAGUAAUGCACAUUCAAGACCCCGCUACCCAAAGGCUGACGUGGAACAAGCCGCCAAAAAAUGUCCUUGUCAUUAAGAAAAUCCGAGAUGCCAGUCUGCUUCAGCCUUUCAAAGCACUCUGCAUGUUCCUCACAGAGGUGAAGAACAUGAUUGUAUAUGUGGAGAAGAAAGUUCUGGAUGACCCAGCCAUUUCAGGCGAUGAAAACUUUGGGGCCGUAACAAUGAAAUUCUGCACUUUCAGAGAAGAUCUUGAUGACAUCUCCAAUCGUGUAGAUUUUAUCAUCUGCCUUGGUGGAGAUGGAACUUUGCUGUAUGCAUCUUCACUCUUCCAGGAAAGCGUUCCACCGGUUAUGGCCUUCCACCUUGGCUCCCUGGGCUUUCUGACGCCUUUUAAUUUUGACUCCUACCAGUCUCAGGUCACCCAAAUUAUUGAAGGUAAUGCUGCCAUUGUCCUGAGAAGUCGCUUGAAAGUCCAGGUGUUCAAAGAGAACUGGGAAAAGAAGGACAGCAUAGAUGAAAAGGGCAUCAUUCUGACCAAUGGAAGCACUGAAAGUAGCUGCAAAGCCAUGCAGUAUCAGGUACUGAAUGAAGUGGUGGUGGACAGAGGAACCUCCUCCUAUCUUUCCAACGUCGACCUCUUCCUGGAUGGACAUCUUAUUACCACUGUGCAGGGAGAUGGUGUGAUAGUGUCUACACCUACAGGCAGUACAGCAUAUGCAGUGGCUGCAGGAGCUUCCAUGAUACACCCCAACGUUCCUGCCAUCAUGAUCACCCCCAUCUGCCCACACUCACUCUCCUUCAGACCCAUCGUGGUGCCUGCCGGGGUGGAGCUAAAGAUAAUGCUAUCCCAUGAUGCCAGAAACACAGCUUGGGUGUCAUUUGAUGGAAGAAGGAGACAAGAGAUCUGCCAUGGAGACAGCAUUAUCAUCACCACUUCCUGCUUCCCUGUUCCCUCAAUCUGUUUCCGUGACCCUGUGAACGACUGGUUUGAGAGCCUGGCCCAGUGUCUACACUGGAACGUGAGGAAGAAGCAGAACUACCUCAAUUCGGAGGACGAGGAGUUCUGAGGAUGCUUACAAAAAACACUUUU